AUGUCUUUCUGUUAUGGUGAUAUACACGGUCCCAGCUGGAAGAGACAUAAUCCAGCCCCCCCUCCAACUACAACAGAAGAGGGAGAAAACUCAUCCAAAGCCCACUAUCAAGACAAAAGGAUCUCUGUAAGCCUCACCAACCAAGAUCUUGGCGAUGCAUGGGAAACAACUGUUUGCCACUCUAAGUGGGACUCAUCGGAAUUCCGAACUAAGCUGGAGAAUGAGCUGCGUGGCAAUGGACCUCCGGCUGUUACCAACGCCAAAGAUGGGAGCCAGCAUUUGAUACUCUAUCGAUCCAGGCACAUUUCCCUCACAAGCAAGGUCCAGAAGGGCCGGUCACCAGCGCAGAUCGGGCUAGACAUGCUUGUCCAUCUGAAUCGGGUCAGGGAUCACGUAUGCACAGAUAGCUACCAGGGUCAUGUCGUCUCUGUCGACCCAACCCUCUUCUGA